UUUCUUCUCGUCCCCUUCCGACACGCAAUCGACAACUCCAUUGCACCUUUCUUUGUAUUUUCUUUUUAGACAAUUCCUCUUUCGCUUCUUCCUUCGCUUCUAACCUUCUUCUGCCAUUACAACUCCAUUUUCAUUUUCUCAGAAUUCAUAAAUACACUCCGCAUCUCUUUAUCUGCUUCAUCUCUUCCGAUGGCGUCCAGCGGCCACAGUAAUCUCAACGCAAAACUCGUAUUGUUGGGUGACAUGGGAACUGGAAAAUCCAGCCUUGUGCUACGAUUCGUCAAGGGACAGUUUCUCGAAUUUCAGGAAUCGACGAUCGGUGCGGCGUUCUUCUCGUCUACAGUGGCGGUGAACAAUAACACAGUGAAGUUCGAGAUCUGGGACACAGCUGGCCAGGAGAGAUACCACAGCUUGGCCCCGAUGUACUACAGAGGUGCUGCUGCUGCAAUUAUCGUCUUUGACAUUACUAGUGCGGAUUCUUUCGCACGCGCAAAGAAGUGGGUCCAGGAAUUGCAGAAGCAAGGUAAUCCCAACAUGGUUAUGGCUCUUGCUGGAAACAAGGCUGAUCUGGAAGAUAAGAGGGCCGUGACAGCAGAUGAGGCACGAGUGUAUGCAGAGGAAAAUGGUCUUUUCUUUAUGGAAACUUCUGCAAAAACUGCUCUUAAUGUCAACGAUAUUUUCUAUGAGAUAGCUAAGCGGUUGCCUAGAGCUCAAACUGCUCAAAAUCCAUCAGGGAUGGUUCUUGUAGACAGACCAGCAGAGGGAACCGAUCAGCAUCAUGCUGUACAUAAGUAUUGUCUUCUGUUCACCUUAUUCUGAUUCCCUCCCUCCCCCUAAAUUCAUUUAGAUUUAGAUAUUUGCGUGUAUGUGAUGGCAAUAUUACAGUGUUUGAAGACCUUCUCUAAUAGAGUACGUUUUUCAGGAAAAGUCAACUGUUUAGUAUUGUGUAUAAUAAUUUUACUGGCAUUGCUUUUUUUUUUUUAGUCAUCGGUUGAACAUAUUCACUUAAGUUAUUGACGGUGUAUUUGAAGACUUUCCAAUACAUAAGUAAUCCAUUAACAGCUCCACAACUCUUGAGAGCUACUAAAGGUUUGUUAAUGGUCU